UACUAACUGUAAUGACCAGAAUAGCUGGCUAUAUAAAGGCAGCUUAAUUAAGCUGCCUUUAAUUUUCCUUUAAAAAAAAUAUGAGACGUACAUAAAGUGUUACUGUUUUUUUUUUCCUUUUAUUUUAAAAAUUAAAGUACUAUGCAACUGUCAUGUCAAUAGUAGAAAAAAUAUUUUUGCGCUGGUAACCCGAAUCUGUCAUUAUUUUGUAACCGUCGUCGAACACCUGCCUCCGGUUUUUUGUUUACUCUCCGACAAACGUAAAAUUGUGAAUUAAAACUUUUGUUUUACAUAAUUCGGUGAAUUAGAAAAGUGAAUAUAGUUAUUGUGGAACUCUACCGUGUGUUGUUUCAAAUGUUUUUAGCGAUACUUUGGAAUGUUUUCGGAUACUAUGGACACCAUUGACAACAACCAAUUUGAAGUGGUACCAAGCUCCAAAUCGAAGCGAAAGAUUGUCACUCCGUGUUCUACUGCCUACCUGAACCCAGCUCUGGAUCUCCUCGCAAACGAAGACCCAAUGUGUAACACUGCCAUGGAAAUAGUACCCAAAAAACGGAAACGUACCAAAAGUGAUGAAAUCACCACUUUCGAAAAUACAGCUUUGGAUGUUGGAAUAAGCAAAGCAGCUGUCAAUGAAUUCCUUGCCAGAGAACUAGAAAAUGUACGCAAGAACAUCAAAAGUUACGAUUACAGUCAACCUACAGAUUCUAAAGAAAAUGUACCACCAACAACAAGAGAUGUUCCGUUGGCAAUAGACAAUGAAGAGCCUAUUUAUGCUAACUUAACUAACUUAUCUAAGACAGCAGAAACUAUUCCAAAUGCUAUAGUACCAUACAGGGAUGCUCAAGAUAUGGAUGUGACUGUAUUUGAGCCCAAUGUAAGUGAAAUAGAAAUGGACUCUGGUAUAUCUGUUUUGGAGCAGAAAUCCUUGAAUAAUGCUACACAAACAGAGAUUAACGAUUUCAAUUCAAAUACAGUUAACGCAACAAAUAUUCAAACAAAUGUUACCAACCAAAUAUUUAUAAAUAACACCUGUAAUUUAAAUUUAAGUUUCAUUGACAGACUUGCGUUAGAUUCGCCAAAUUUGUCGAAUCAGUCUUUAUAUUUGGAUGAUGAUUUAAACGAGAGCAACAUUAUGGAAAUUAAGACCAUAACGAUAAUAACGAAAAAGAAAAAAAUUCCAGAGAGAAAGAUAAUUACUAAUCCAUUUCUUGAUCCCAAUUUGCAGUUGGACUGUCCUAUUUCUGAUCAAAAUCCUUUUCUCGAUGAAAAUGUAAAAGAAUUAGAAUAUAAUGAGGAAAUGUUAAAUAAUCCGGUCAAAGCUCCAGCGCCGUUACCUAGCGACUUAAUGCCAAGAAAACUUUUUGCCUCCGACACUAACAGCACUAUAUCUACUAUGAACGAAUCUAAUGUUGAUCAGAAUGAGUAUGAAAACAUUGAUAGCUACAGGGCAGAGAGCCCAAUAUAUGAAAAUAUCAGCGGAGAACUCAAUGACACAAGUUACAAUAAGCAAAGCAAGAUUUUAGGCUGUGAUGUGUCCAACUUCAGUGCUGUAGACAUUAUGAAUUUGAACAGAAAUAAACUUGAACCGAACUGUUCCACUGAUUCUAACGAGAAUAAAAAACAUUUCAAGCACAGUAUAUUGAGAGCUAGUAACAAAUUGUCCAAGAAAGUAUUUAAAACAUUAAAGAAAACUUUCAAAGGUGAAAAAGUCGAACACAACGCUACAUUGAACCCUUAUGAAGUUCCAAGAAAGCCGCCGAAACAAAAACCCGAACCAAAAGAGUCUGGAAUUGAAAAUCCAUGUUUAAACCUGGACAAUUCUGAUGAAAUUGAAAUAGAAGAGGUUGAUGAUGAUGACGACAUUGAACAUCAGUAUGAGACGAUCAAAACAAUAAGGAAUACAAGACUAAAUAUGAAUGUCACUCCGUUAAAAGAGAGGGCUGUUGAAAAUGCAGACUUUUCACACAAUAAGACUAAUACUCCGGGGAAGAAAGUCAGGUUCGAUUCAACAUUGAAUCAAGAGAAAGUCAUAACGGGCAAUAGUUUUGAUUGUGGACUUCAAAGUCCGGGGUUCGACGCUAAGAUUGAUAAGUAUCACGACGAAUUAGAGAACUGUAUAAAUGAACGGAAAAUUUUGCAGCAAAAUAUGUAACUACAGUGUAGUUAAGUAUAUAUUUAAAAAAAGAAUGCAGUUACUGCAUUUUUUAAAAUUGAGGCUUGACAUAAUAAUUAUCACACUACAUUAAAGUUGUUAUGUGUUGAAUAAUUUUUAUAAAACAUUGUAAAUGUAGUUAUGUCUGUCUGUAUGUCUUAUAAAUCCAAAGUGCUACAUCCAAAGUGUACAAUAAAGCAUUCCAAAGUAUUUUUACCAAA